AAAUUGUUUUUCUCAUUUGACCCAGUUUUCGCGAAAGUCAUCACUGUGGGCUGUGGCUAUGAAACUCCUAGCAAAACCACCGGAAAAGAAGAAGAAGAAGAGGACGACAAAUGAUUCGUCACCAACUCUGUCGCCGUCAUCUCCGUCGUUUUCUUCUCUCCCAGACGAAAUCGUCGUGAACUGCUUAGCUCGGAUCUCAAGGUCGUACUACUCAACACUCUCAAUCGUUUCGAAAAGCUUCCGCUCAAUUCUCUCUUCCACCGAGCUCUACGCAGCGAGAUCUCACAUCGGAAUCACCGAGCAGUGUGUCUAUGUCUGUCUACGGGAUAAAAGUUAUCAAUUUCCGAAAUGGUUUACACUCUGGACUAACCCUAAUCGAGCCAACUCCAUGAUUGAGAAGAAGAGGAAGAAAAAGAAGAUAAUUAUGGUUCCAGUUACCUCUUCUAAUUUUCCAUAUGUAUCACAAUCCACCGUAGUUGUUGGUUCUGAAAUUUAUGUUAUCGAUAGAGCACCUUCCUCUGCUGUGAGGGUCCUCACUUGUGGCAGUCACACUUGGCGUGAUGCCCCUAGUAUGACCGUAGCCCGGAAGAAUGCAAUCAUUUAUGUUUACAAUGGGAAAAUCUAUGUAAUGGGAGGGUGUGAAGGAUUAGAGGAUGAACCAUGGGCCGAGGUAUUUGAUACAAAGACUCAGACUUGGGAACACCUUCCUGAUCCGGGUACUGAGGCACGUAAGAGUUACAUUUGCAGUAUCGGAGAGAUUGAAGGAAAGAUUCAGAUUCACUUUGGGACUUUAAAGGAGAUGUAUGCUUAUGAUACGAAGCAAUGUAAAUGGGAAAACCGUGUAAACAAAUAUGCAACGUAUGCGAGGCCAGAAUGUAUGAUUGAGAAUGUAUCCUUCUCCUUUGCUUCCGAGGGUGGUAUAUAUCGUCAAGGCCAGUUCCGGUGGUAUGGCAAAAAAAAGGGUUAUUGGAAAGAGGUGAAAGGGUUAGACUCACUACUACAGAGGUACAGCAAGAAUGGUGGCUCAAGUCAUAAUACGACUAAACUAGUUAGCUGUGGUGGGAAACUCUUACUUAUUUGGGAAGGGUAUAUGAAGCAUAAUCCCAACAAUAGGAAGAAGAUUUGGUGCGCGGAAAUCGGGAUAGAAAAUCAUGAUGGAGAUGAGCUUUGGGGAAAUGUUGAGUGGUUUGAUGUUUUGCAUACCGUCCCCACAUCAUGUCAGCUCUUGCAUUGUCUCGCUGUCUCGGUUUGAUUGACUUGUAUCCAGUUGGAAAGAUGACAAGGAAGCCGAGGCCAAAGGAAGAGAGCAACAAAGAGUUGGAGAUUAAUUAGUUAAGGUUAACAGCCACAUUUUGUCAAACUAGCUACUAUGGCAAAUUAGUAUUCGUCUUUUGGUAUAUUCAUCUAAUCCCUUGUUGUUUUGUGUUAUACUGGUAAUUGAGUUUUUCUUUAUUAACAAGUAGGGAUGUCUUGAAAAACCAAAAAGCUGUAGGUAUGAUCUUUUCUAUUAACCCUUUCGGGAUCA